AGAGCGGGCAGCGGCGGGCAAAUACUAGAAAGUAGAAAAUUUUGGUUGCCAAAACCCAGAAGGCAAAAGAGGGAGAAGAAUGAUUCGGAGGAGGAGCCUCGGCCUUGUACGGUGGCACAGUGCUCGCAGUUGCGUCGCCUCCUCUUCUUCUGCGUCGUUCAGAAGCCUCUCUUUCCUAACAUCCCACCCCAAACUUCAAAAACCCUCUCUCCUCCUAAACCCUAAACCUCUUCCUCCUCAUCCUUCUUCUUUGCCCUCUCUUUCUCUUAAACCAAAUCCCAAUAUAUUUCCUCCCGCUGCUCUACGUUUCGUAAGCACCAAAUCCUCCGAGGAUGUUGAGGAGGACAUCCCAGAUGAUCGUUUUCCAGGGUGUACAAGUUUCGCAUUUUCAGGUGACGAAAUUGAAGAGGGAGACACCACAGAUGGCUGGGAGGAAGAGGAUGCCGGCGAGCCUGAGAUUGGUGAUGGAGGCGAUGGUGGUGGGGUGGUGUUUCAGGGUGUCCCUUGGGGCGAGCGGGCUUUGUCCAUUGCUCAUGAGGUCUUAACACAAUUCGAAGAUAAUGUGAAGCUCUUCUCUUUCAAGACUACUCCUCGAGGAUAUGUAUAUGUGAGACUGGACAAACUGUCAAACGAAUACGGUUGUCCCGGCAUGGAGGAACUUGAACGCUACAAUCAAGAGUACAAGAAAAGACUAGAUGAAGCUGGAGAACUUGGAGAAAUACCUGAAAAUUUGGCUCUUGAGGUGUCAUCUCCUGGUGCGGAGAGGUUGCUAAAGGUACCGGAUGAUCUACAACGGUUUGAAGACAUGCCUAUGAGGGUAUGCUAUGCAGAAGAAGUGGAUUCUAAAUACCGAGAAAAGGACGGAGUGUUCGAUCUGGAGUCCAUUGAGGCAGAGUCAGAGAGCUGUGUGUGGAAGUUGGCAAAUGUGAAGGCAAACAGGGACCCUAAUAGCAAAGGCAGACCGUUAACACGUAAACAGCGGGAUUGGAGAUUAAAAUUGCCAUUUUCAGAGCAUAAAAGGGUACUUCUGUAUCUAGAGUACUGAAAAUCACCAAUCUAAUUGUAUCUUAGGACUCGAGUUUCUAGAGCUUCGUGAUGUUUGAGGCGAAAAUGUUGGUAGGAAACACAUAUUUUAGCAGAACGCCUGUGUCCUUGCACUUCGUAUCCUGCCUGGAAUUUUGUUUCGAGAAUUUAACUCGGGUGAAGUAUUUAACAUCAUAAUUUUUCAAGACAUGA